AUGGCGACCUCGAAGGAAGUUGCCGUCAACGGUCGCGAUACGUUUUUUAGCAAAUCUCCUUUCCUGAAGAAACCAACAAGCCUUGUAUUACCAAAAGAUGAACAUGUCAAGAAAAAAAGAAAGACGAGUUUCGAAGAAGAGACAAAACAUUUGGAGAAUUUUGGCAAAACGCAUCGUUUGAGUUCGCACGAAGAGAGUUGGAACAUAACGUCUGUGUCGCCGACAUCACCAACACCGUCACCAACAAAAACACCGAACAACAGUUUAAAGACAACCUUAAAGAAAAUUAAAAAGGAAGGGAAGUGUGAAUUUACACCUGCAGCCCCAGAGAUUAUUUCUCACAAUGAUUUGAAACUGAAAAUCAAGAGAAACUCAGUUGACACAAAUCAUGAAAGCAAUGGUACUGCUAAACUUAAUGGAGGAUCAGAUGUAAAGAAAAAGAAGAAGAAACACAAGGAGCAUCAUCAUUAUCAUCAUAACCAUGAAGAGGAAAAGAAUUUUAAUGAUCAAGAUUAUACCAUUAGAUUAAAUCCAAAGGAAAAAACUCGUCUCUCGCAUCUGAUUCAUACAGAGGUUGAUGCCAAUGGUGGAGCAUCAGUGCUGCAUGUUUAUACAGAUGAAAUUGCUGGGUUAAGAGAAGAAAAGCUGCAAAAGUUUGUCAAACUGUUUUUUCGUGAAGUCUUUGCUGAAAAAAGUGAAGGUGUGGCAAAAAAUGUUAUGGGCAUUGUUCAUAACGCUGCAGGAUAUCUACCUGAACUUGUGAAAUACUUUGGAGUAAAUCAUCCAAAUUUGACUGUCAAGGUUUCUUCUUUAUAUAAAAAAUCAGACCUUGAGACUUUGAAGAUGGAGGAAUUCAUGCAAAGAGUGGAAUCUUCCUAUGAUUGUGGGACAUACCGGUCAGGCCCCCUUCUGCAGUUCAGCUUAGUUGGGACGGUUCAGGAGGAAAGUGGAGGAUAUUUCCCAGAGUUUUUGGACUUACUUGAACAAUGUCUCUUUCUGAAGGAGACAAUGCCUUGGGGAACUUUCUCAGCACUUAAUUUAACUGAGCGAAACAAAAGCAAUGAUGGCCCUAUCAUGUGGGUUCGACCAGGAGAGCAGGUUGUUCCCACAGCAGAAUCAAGAUCACCAUACAAGAAGCGAAGAAUUGGUGUAAAUGAACUCCAAAACCUACAGUACCUUCCCAGGGUUUCUGAACCCAGAGAGAUUCUUGCUGAAGAUAGAACACGCUGUCAUGCUGAUCAUGUUGGACAUGGCUUUGACAGACAAACGACUGCGGCUGUUGGUGUAUUGAAAGCAGUCCAUGUAGGAGAAAUUCCAGCUGCUAACAGAGACUGUAAGGAUGUGAUCUGUUUUAGUGCUGAAAACUUUAAUUUCCUGACUCAGAAACUGCAGUUGGAUCUUCAUGAACCUCCAGUCCAACAAUGUGUUAGUUGGGUAGAUGAUGCAAAAUUAAAUCAACUGAGAAGAGAUGGUGUGAAAUAUGCUGCAUUCCGGCUGAGGGAUAAUGACAUCUACUUCAUUCCUCGCAACAUCAUUCAUCAGUUUAGAACAGUGACUGCAUGUACAAGUUUAGCUUGGCAUCUGAGAUACAAGAAUUACUAUCCUGAAUUAAAGGAAUCAGAAAAGGUAGUGGAGCAGUAAGGAAAGAAAAUGGCCACAGGUGAACAUGUUGAGAAAUUUUUUGCUGCCACAGGCAGAAAUCUUACCUCUACUUUCAUGUAACAUGUUACUCCUUGAUGCUGUGUACGUGAUCAUGUAAAAUAUACAGCACUGUACAGCAUUAUGUGGUUCCCUUUUCAAAAGCCUGUUAGAAUUGUCACAGACCUCAAUGUCCCACCAUCACAAUGGUUUUUAAGAAGAAUUCACCAUUAGUGACAUGAUUACUUGUAUAUUCUCCCAGUCAGAGCUGGUCUCUGUCAUGUCCACCUCAUAAGAAGGUUACUCUCCAUUAAAGAAGCAUGCAGUUUAGAAAUAUAAGCACAUUCAUGUUUAUGACAAGUGUUGUCUGACCCCUCACAGUUCCAGUUCUUAUACAAUGUAAGCUAAGCAUCUAUGUUUCACUUUCUACAGUAGCUGUAAAAGGCAGGUUUUCACUAAUUAUAAAGUCAGAAUCAGAGUUGCAAUCAGAAGUGAAGAGCCAUUACUGGUAUGUCAUAAUGUAGGACAAACUGAAAGAGCUGAGUGCAAGAUGCCAUUCUUCAAAUGGCUCAGUUACUUAUGAGCUAGUGAAAACUAGAUUGUUUGAGUCAUAAGCACUUGGGGGCUCAAGAACAAGCAUUGUGAUUAUCAACUCAUUUCAUUUCGUCAACUGAGUUCAUAACUUAAAUUGACUGCAGUAAAGAGUUGUAAAGCAAGGCUUCCAAGCAUUAGCAUUUGUCGUUCACUCUGACAUAGGGUUAACGCAUGAAACAUCAGCUUUACAAACUCUUAAUGGUGGGCAAUUAACAUAAACAACUCAGUAGAUAAAAUCAAACUAACUUGUAAUACCCCUUGCCAAAAAUUAGCCCCAUACAACUCAGAGUUGACCUGUAACUACUGGACACCAACAUUAAGCUUUGUGAGUGGUUACUUGAGGUGGGUUAUCAUUACAAGUGUUACACCAUAGUUUCUUUGCCUUAAAGUGACUAAUUUGGACAAUUUAUUAGAAUAUCCUUCAUGAAUUUAAUGCCAGCUGAUUCAGGCACUUGAUGUACAACAAGUGAAUAUUAAGAGAAAGUGCUUUUAGUGCUCCUUCAAAAAUCAAGAUUCACUAUGUUUCAUUCUCCGGGUUUACUGAUUAAUUACAUGUAUUUUAAAAAUUCUCCUAGUAACAGUUGAAGAGUUACUUGCACUCAAACUAGAGUUUGUCCCUUCUAUUUUGUAUGAUAUUAUGAAUGAUAAAUCCAUGUGGGUGACAAUAAAUUGUUAUUAAAUGUAUUGAUAUGAUUUCUUAAGAAUAGGUUUAGUACCUAAAUAUUUCAUUUCGAAUAAUCCACUGGAAGCUAGUGAGAGUCAAACCAAAGUUUUUACUGUGUUAAAGAAACCAAUAUGAGUACAAAGAAUUAUGUUGUACACUUUCAUUGAUCAUUCCAUAAGUGUUGGUUGAUCAGAUUAUGAUAAUCUGUAUUGGGCAGGUGUUAAAUCUAUGUUUAAAGUUUUUAUUUCUAUGGUUCUAGCUUAGAAAAUGUUAACCCUUUACUCCCAUGAAUGACCAAGACAUAAUUUCUCCUUACAAUAUUAAUGCAAUGUCAAGCAGAAAAGUG